AUGACGCACUCAGAUGUUGUUCCCAAACAGGAGGAAGCAGUAUAUGCUGAGCUGGUCGAAGUCAGGCAACAUUUGUCCAAAAUCAAGCGUGACCAUUCUAAAUUCCUCAAUUCCAAGGAUAUCCAGCUUCUCUAUGACCAGGUGUUUGUUGAACUUAAGCAAAUUCGCGAAAUACGUGCGAAUGAGCCUGCAGAAGCAUUCCCCAAUAAGGUGGACAUCUUGGUAGAUGAGUGUUUCCAGUUGAUUUCUCUGUGUUUCGUGACGGUGGGUCUGGCAAAGACCGCACCUGCCACUUAUGCUUCACUCUCAACGGUUCAGCGGCUUUUGGAACAUCUACAUGAAGGGGGAGUCUACACGCAUCACGAUCUGCAACCAAUCGACGAAAGGCUCAGCGAGAUCCGUGCCAUUAUAGACCAAGCCGAAAAUUCGAGCCAAGAAACAACUGUUCUGGAGGCUAAGCUGAAGACUUGUGUUGAGGAGUAUGAAAAUUUGAAGAAAGAGCUAGAAAACCUUCCCUCUGAUCUGGAAGCCGUUAUCAAUCGCCUGCUUACGAUAAGAAGAACACUCAUAAACCUCAUUACAAGACCGGACCAGUUUUCCAUGAAGGAUCUGGAGCUUCUAAAAACUGACCUGCACAGUCUGGAGAAUUCGAAGGACAAAGAUGGCAUUUCGCUACUUGAUUUGGAUGUUGGGGUACUAAAAAAUGGCCAGGGAGUUUUGAAGGGUUUGAUAGACGAUUGUCACGAUAUGAUAAAUGAUCUUCAGUUUGGUUCCGAGCGUGUGGAUUCCGGAUUGGCUCCAUUGUAUAACAAUCUGAUUUCGAUUAAGAAUCAGCUGGAGAACUUGCUGGUGACGAGACGUUGGACAUUGAGGUCUACUGACUUGUUCAACUAUGAGAGGACGUUGCAAGGAAUUGAUAACCAGCGGGUUAACGGAAAGUUUGUGAGCGAGAAGGACGGUUCUACUCCAACAAAGGGGCAAUCCAUAUUACUUUAUCUGUUGAGACGGUGCUAUGCUAUCAUCUAUAAACUACUGGAAAGUUCGGAGCCAGUUUCUGAGGCCCUUCAGCCAAUCCACAACCAGUUGUCGACAGUUCGAAGAUGUCUUUUCGACGUGAAGAGAAUGGGUGGAAUAUCCUCUAUCAGAGAACUUUACCCGUAUCAGUUGAAGCUAGCCAGUCUGGAUAACCUACGGCAAGACGGGAAGUUCAUGGUUGACGGUCAGAUCCCAGAGGGUCAGGGCACUUUGACUGCGUUAUUAGCUGAGUGCUUCGAUAUUUGCCACGAAAUGAAGCUGGAAUUCGAAGAGGGCCGGGAGGGUGAAGAAGAGUCUGUGGAUAACCAUAAGGACGGAUUUUCCGGAACCAAAUCUGGCUGGAGUGAGCAGAGAUAUGACGAUGACGACGAAGACGAAGAAGAAGAAGAAGAACAAGCAUCCAAGGCCACCAACAAGUUCAAAGAUCUCUCUCUGGCUGGCGACGAUGAUGAAGACGAAGACACACCCAGUUAUGCAGCCAGCUACAACGAGAGCGAAGUUCCAACGGACAUUGACAACUGA